AGCUAACAUUUACUAUAUUUUCGUCUCUCAAGUCUUUUUCUCCCUAGUCAUCGAGGGUUCUUUGCGGCGUUUUCUCCCUAGUCAUCUAGGGCUCUUUGUAAUUUUUUUGUUCGAUUUCUUGCACUCCUCCUUCCAUGGAUGAUUCAGAGCUCCAGCAAAUCAAUAAUAAAGUCUCCCGAUUGAAUAUAUUGGAGGACGAAGAAGGCAUCUCCUUGGCGCCCAAUCUUGUUGCGGAGAGUCAAUUUGAUGUGGUGCGAACUUGGGUCAUGGCAGGUCGUCUGCUUCCGGAGAAAGUAGUUAAAUUUGAUGUUAUGAAACAGGUUCUGCUGCCAUCUGGAAGCCUGCGUUUGGAGUGCGCUUCGCUCAAGAGGAGGCAUGCAGGUAGGGAUUUGGAUCAGGAGGACCGGCCUGGAGGACAUUGACACGUGACGCCAUGGAUGACGUCGUC